CAUUCUGAAGACAUGGCUCGGCUCUUGGUCUUUGUGAACUCCGUGGCACUGUUGCUCUUCGGUAGUGACAUGUUUCUUGUGGGAGCAAAUCGCCCCCCUGCACCUGUCAACGUGUCCGUCAUGCAUCUGAAGGCUGACUCGGCAACCAUCACCUGGGAGGUUCCGGAAGGUGACAUCAUAAUUGGCUUCUCAAUCACACAGCAGCGGCAGGACCGGCACACGCAGCGCUUCAUCCGGGAGGUGAACACCACCAGCCGGGCCUGCGUGCUGUGGGACCUGGAGGAGGAGACCGACUACAUCGUCCAGGUGCAGACCAUCGGCCUGUACGGCGAGAGCCAGGCCAGCCAGCGCGUGCACUUCCGCACGCUCAAGAAGUCCGACCGCUUCCCCUCCAACAGCUCCAACCAAGAUGACCCGACGGUGCAGGGCCUGGACAAGUCCAGACAUCUCCAGACCGGGGAGAUGAUCAUCAUCGUGGUGGUGCUUCUCAUGUGGGCAGCUGUGAUCGCGUUGUUCUGCCGUCAGUACGACAUCAUCAAGGACACGGACAACAGCAACAGCAAAGAGAAGGCCAAGCCGCUGUCGGAGCGGAGCACCCCGGAGCACCACAGCGGGGGGCUGCUGAGGAGCAAGUUCCAGUCUGUGCCAUCUAUCAACAUCAUCGAGGUGUAA